AUGCAGUUCGAAAAGAGUACUCUUGAAAAGUACCCUUCUCUUGGGAAACUUCUCGAUGUUCCCCCAGAGAACGUUGUUGAGUCUCACGAUGGGCGCGAAAUUACUUUGCUUAGAUAUAUUUACAACCACCCUAACCUAGACAGCGAGCUGCGCGGGUCUCCCAAAGCCAUCUUAGCAGCUAUGGACGAAUUUGCGGCAAAAGAAGAUUUCCUGAUCAGUAUAGGACCAGAUAAGGCUGCUACAAUGGUCGGAUUGAUACAAAAACAUCGGCCUAAAGUACUGGUGGAGCUCGGGGCUUAUGUCGGAUACUCCGCAAUCCUCUUUGGUAGCGCUAUCCGUGAUAUCAAUACCGAGGAUGCGGAAGAACGCAGUAUUCGGGUCUACAGCAUCGAGCUCGAUCCCUUAAUCGCUUCUAUUGCAAUGAAUUUCGUCAGCCUAGCAGGUUUGAGCGACAUUGUCGAAGUCGUCGUUGGUCCCUCAGAUCAUACCCUCCGUCGCCUCCAUAGCCAGAAGCGUCUCGUAAGUGGUGGCAUAGAUAUGCUCUUUGUGGAUCAUGUGGAGGACCUAUACAAGCGUGAUGUUGAACUGUGUGAAAAUUUGGGACUUCUCGACAAGGAAGGCUGUCUUGUGGUUGCCGACAACGUGGUCCGCCCCGGGGCUCCAAUGUACCGAGAAUAUGUGCGGAGCAAUUCCAGAUUCGGCCACAGCUGGGGUGUUUCUGGGUUGAUUAUUCCGGGAGACAUAGAGGAUGAAUUGGAGAUUAGCCAAGUUGGCCACUUAGAUAAGUAG